CACCGAAACGCAUCUCAAGUUUAUUUCGAGUUCGAACGCGAAGCCUAACGGACGUGCAUUGCAAGCCGCGCACUGUUAGGGCACAACACUGUAGAGUAACCGGGAACAGAGCAAUUGCAACCAUACGGGACAAAGUGUGGAAAAAGCGCACAGGACUUGUAAGUGUGUGUGCGUUGUGUCGUGUAGAGAAAUUAGGCAACUAUCGUGUUCGUUGAACGGGAAAAGUUAAGAAAAAAACGUGACGUUAAAUUCCGUGCAAAGUGCGUACGCAAGAAAGAGGGUUUGAAAACAGCGCAGAGUGUGCAGUGAAGAGAGCAGAGUGAAGAGAAGCAUAACGAAGCAAAAUCAUAAAGUGUAGCUCGAGCCACUCUUCGCCCGCGGUGAAGUGAAGUGAAGCGGAUUGGAAAACGAGUUUUUCCACCCUUCUAAGCAUCGUGAAAAAAUAGGCAAAAAAAAAAGAAACCAGUGCACCCGGUUUAGUGCUCUCCGUGCUGGUGCUGGUGAUGCACAUGUGAAUAUAUAUCUGUGUAUGUCCACUAGAGCAGCCUCGAAUGGACUUGGGGCACAGCAGCAAGGAAAAAAAAGGACGUGAUUUAAAGCGAGAGCGAGCGAUUCGUGGACUUGGGCCAACUAAAGUCCAACCAACCAUUUCCAACAACCAUCGUUUCGUCGUGUUUUGGGGGUGAAUGUUGAUGAGAGGCACCAACAACCAAACAAAAAAUCCGCCCAACAUCGCUCUGGCCGUGUGAAUUCAGUGUGUUCUGUGAGCCUAAAGCAAUCGACGCAGUAGAAGAGUGUGAAAAAUCGUGCUGAGGUGGUGAAAGUGUUGCGGAAAACGAGGAAAUCAAUACCGCAGGAAGUUCUAAUCCGCGUCUUCCGGUGUGGGUGUGUGUCUUUGUGCGUACAUGUGUAUCGUGCUCAUGUGUUCAUAGCGCAAUGAAAAUGUUCCGAUCCUGAUAUCAGUGAAAAACCGCCAGAAUAUUUAUCUCCCAACCUGUGCGUGCGUGUGCGUGUGUGUGGGGAAAAUUGCGAUGAGUUGGUGAGGGGUGAAAGCAAGAUUGCUGGCAGGUGCUGGAAUGUGCGCUCACUGCCACGGUGGUGAUGGUCGUCAACACGCCCAGCCGUUGUGCCGUUGCGUUCCGUAUUGGUUCCGUUUGUGUUAUCGGGUGAAGCCUGCGGCCGUGCCAGGUCCGUGAGGCGUGUGUGUGCUAUCCCUAGCACGGGAUAAUUGUGGUAAAGCGAAAGAUAACCACGAGUGUGUGUGCGUGUGAGUGUGUGGUUUUGAAGAAAGAGCGUUUGAGAGGAGAAGAAAUACACAGAUCAACAAAGAUGCAGCAACGAAGCAGUAGAGCCGGCGUGUCCGUCUCAACGAUGGAGCUGCUGCUCCGGCUAGCGGUGCUGGUGUGCACCGUCACGCUGGCCGCCAGCUCCCAGUGCACGUGGGAGUACGAAAAGUCCAGCGUCGUCUGCCGGCUACGGACACUGGAGCGUACCGGGCUGGACCUGCAAGGGGCCGAGGGCACGUCCCGGCUGGACAUUGCGUGCAGCGAGCUGAUCCUGUUCGAGAGCCAGCUGCCGCGGAACAGCUUUAGCCGGCUGGCCGCGCUCGGCGAGCUGCGGCUCGAGUCGUGCAAGCUGCUGCAGCUGCCCGAGGGUGCCUUUGAGGGGCUGCUCGCCCUGAAGAAGCUGAGCGUCAACACGCGCAACUACGAGUGGGGCCCGGGCAAGGUGCUGGAGCUGCAGGCCGGCUCCAUGCGCGGCCUGAAGGAGCUGCAAUCGCUCGACCUGAGCGACAACAACAUCCGCGCCCUGCCCGAUGGCUUUCUGUGCCCGCUGACCGGGCUGAAGGUGCUGAAUCUCACCAACAACCGCUUCCGGUCGGCGGAAGCGCUCGGGCUGGCCGAGAAGAGCUGCCCGGGCGGGUCGGAGCUGCAGGCGCUCAACCUCGCCUACAACGAGCUGCGGUCCGUGCCGACCGGCUGGGGCGUCUCGAAGCUGCGCCGCCUGCAGCACCUCAACCUCGAGUUCAACAACAUCUCCGAGGUGCACGGCGACGCGCUGGCCGGGCUCGGGUCGCUCCGCACGCUCAACCUGAGCUACAACCAUCUGGAGACGCUGCCGGGCGGUCUGUUCGCCGGGUCGCGCGAUCUGCGCGAGAUCCACCUGCAGGGCAACCAGAUCUACGAGCUGCCCCGCGGGCUGUUCCACCGGCUCGAGCAGCUGCUCGUGCUGGACCUGUCGCGCAACCAGCUGUCGUCGCACCACGUCGACAACGGCACGUUCUCGGGCCUGAUCCGGCUGGUCGUGCUCAACCUGGCCCACAACGCGCUGACCCGCAUCGACGCCCGCACCUUUGCCGAGCUGUACUUCCUGCAGAUACUGGAUCUGCGCAACAACUCGAUCGGCUACAUCGAGGACAACGCGUUCCUGCCGGUGUACAAUCUGCACACGCUCAACCUGGCGGAGAACCGGCUGCACACGCUCGACGACCGUCUGUUCAACGGGCUGUUCGUGCUGUCGAAGCUAACGCUCAACAACAACCUCAUCAGCAUCGUCGAGCCGAACGUGUUCCGCAACUGUUCCGACCUGAAGGAGCUCGACCUCAGCUCGAACCAGCUGACCGAGGUGCCGUACGCGAUCCGCGACCUGUCGAUGCUGCGGGCGCUCGAUCUGGGCGAGAACCAAAUAGCACGCAUCGAGAAUGGCACGUUCGCGAACCUGAACCAGCUGACCGGGCUGCGGCUGAUCGACAACCAGAUUGAAAACGUCACGGUCGGCAUGUUUGCCGAUCUGCCCCGGCUCUCGGUGCUCAACCUGGCGAAGAACCGGGUGCAGAACAUUGAGCGCGGCUCGUUCGACCGCAACCUGGACAUCGAGGCGAUCCGGCUGGACGGCAACUUCCUGACCGACAUUAACGGCAUCUUUGCGACGCUCGCCUCGCUGCUGUGGCUCAACCUGGCCGAGAACCAUCUGGUGUGGUUCGACUACGCGUUCAUCCCGAGCAACCUGAAGUGGCUGGACAUUCACGGUAAUUACAUCGAGUCGCUCGGCAACUACUACAAGCUGCAGGAGGAGAUUAAGGUGAAGACGCUCGAUGCGAGCCACAACCGGCUGACGGAUCUGGGGCCGAUGAACGUCCCGAACAGCGUCGAGCUGCUGUUCGUCAACGACAACCACAUUGGCACGAUUCACGCAAACACUUUCAUCGACAAGGUGAACCUGGCGCGGGUCGACCUGUACGCGAACGCGCUGAAGAAGCUGCAGCUGCACCAGCUGCGUGUUGCUCCGGCUCCUCCGACGACCGAACGGCCGCUGCCCGAGUUCUACCUCGGCGGCAAUCCCUUCGAGUGUGACUGUUCGAUGGAGUGGAUGCAGCGCGUGAACAAUCUCACCACGCGGCAGCACCCGAAGAUUAUGGAUCUGCCGAACGUGGAGUGCAUUAUGCCGCACGCGCGGGGAUCCCCCAUCCGCCCGAUCGUGUCGCUCCAGCCGAAAGACUUCCUGUGCCGGUACGAGACGCACUGUUUCGCGCUGUGCCACUGCUGUGACUUUGACGCUUGCGACUGCGAGAUGACGUGCCCGUCGAACUGCACCUGCUACCACGAUCAAACCUGGGGCACGAACGUGGUCGACUGUGGCAAUCAGGGUGCGGCGGCGGCUGCGGCCGGUGGCCUGCGCCCGGUGCCGAUGGACGCGACCGAGGUGUACCUGGACGGGAAUGACAUCCCGGAGCUGCAGCAUCACGUGUUUAUUGGGCGCAAGAAUCUGAAGGUGCUGUACGCGAACGCAAGCCGCAUUGCGACGAUUCAGAACCGAACGUUCGCCGGGUUGACGGCACUGCAGGCGCUCCAUCUGGAGGACAAUGCGCUGCAGCGCAUCCACGGGUAUGAGUUUGAAAAUCUGGCCCUGCUGCGGGAGCUCUACCUGCAGAACAACGGCCUCCAGAGCAUCGCGAAUGGGUCGUUUGCACCGCUGUACUCCCUGCGGGUGCUUCGGCUCGAUGGCAACCGGCUGGUGACGAUGCCCCUGUUCCAACUGCAGGCUGCUCAGGGCAAUCUUCAGGCUCUCCAGUCCCUGUCGCUCGGUCGCAAUCCGUGGAGCUGCCGGUGUCGGUUCCUUCCCGAGCUGACCGCCUUCGUCGCAGACAACGCAGUCAUCGUGCAGGACCCGCAGGACGUGUACUGUGCCGACGAUGGCGUGCACCGCGAGCUGGACUUUAACGUGAGUGCCGCGUGCAGCGACUUUUACGCCGGCCGCUCGGUCCUCCCGGGCGACGGACUGCCCGAGACGUACAUCAUGCUGAUGGCGCUGGCGGUCGUGCUGGUCUGCCUGCUGCUGCUCGCCGUGCUGAUGUUCGUGUUCCGCGAGCCGCUGCGCUUCUGGCUGUUCUCGCGCUACGGCGUGCGCGUGUUUGGGCCGCGCUGCGAGGACUCGGAAAAGCUGUACGACGCCAUCCUGCUGUACUCGGCCAAGGACGCCGAGCUGGUGGCGCGCAGCAUCGCAGGCGAGCUGGAGAAUGGUCGGCCACCGUUGCGGCUCUGUCUGCAGCACCGGGAUCUGCCCGAGGACGCGUCGCACCUGCAGCUGCUGGAGGCGUCGCGUGCCUCCCGGCGGAUAGUGGUGCUGCUGUCGCGCAACUUCCUGCAGACGGAGUGGAGCCGGUGCGAGCUGCGCCGGGCCGUGCACGAUGCGCUGCGCGGCCGUCCCCACAAGCUGGUCGUGGUGGAGGAGGGUGGCGGCGUGCUGCUGGAGGCGGAGAACGACGUCGAGCUGGUGCCCUACCUGAAGACGACGACGGUGACGCGGGUGCGGCGCGGCGACCGCCACUUCUGGGAGAAGCUGCGGUACGCGCUGCCCGUGGAGGCGCCCUACCGCGGCAACAACUACACCAUCGACCAUCACGAGCGCGUGAAGCAGACGGGGGGCGGCGGGGGCGGAGGUGCGGGGGGUCAGGGAGGGGCCGGUGUGAUGUUCCGGCAGCCGCCGCCGCCCGCCUACUGUCCCGAGAUCGACGAGGCGAACUACUCGUCGGCGACGACGGCCACCCCGUCGCCGCGGCCGUCGCGCCGCGGCAUGGUGGAAGUGCCGACCCAGCGGCCGCCGAGCGAGCACAUCUACUCGAGCAUCGACUCCGACUACAGUACGCUCGAGUGCGAGAACAUGGUGAUGGCACCGGCCGGCGUCCAUCGGCCGUCGUGGCGUUCGGCGGGCGGCGCUGGCGGCCCCGGUGGCCAUCCGGGCGUCCAGAACGGUGGCACGAUGCAUCCGCACGGUGCGGGUGCCGGCGGCCACCACGUGCAGGCGUAUCUGGUGUGAAGCGGAGCGUCGGUUAGUCAGUUAGGUAAGGGAAGGGAGUUUAGGGGGGGUGUAGGUAGGUGCGUGAACGCGGAACUGAUCAAACGCAAGUGCUAAAGUCUGUACGUGUAUCUGUGUGCGUGUAUUAUAGAAUCGGCGUCAAAGGAGGUGCGAGUGCGUUGCGCAAAGAAAAACAGUUUGUAAAAAGGAAAUCCGCUACCCCUCCCGCACACACUCUUAAUCAAAUCUUAAGUUUAGCUCCCCUGUACAUUGUACGCGCGUUAGAUUCGCGUUUUUUUGUGUAUAUUUGUUUUUCUUUCUCCUCUAGUUCGUCGCUUAACGCGCCUACCCAAUUCAGCCUGUAUGUAUGUGUUCGUUAUUGCAAAAAAGUUAAAGCGGCAGUUAAAGUGUAAUUUAAUUUAAUUUGCUCGAGAAUCCGGAAGGUGCGACGCGUGUGCGAAGUGACGACGAACCCCGGUCACUCUCGGUUUUGCACAACCCGUUCGCUGCCGUCUCUCGCUCUCACAACAGUCAUCUCUUAAAGUAUUACUAGUAGGGAAAGGUUAAAUAAAGUACGGAGAAAAUACUGGCCGGCCGGCCGGGGUCGAUGGUGAACUGAAAAAGAUAAAUCGAACAGCCACAACAGCGCGAGUGGCCGGCUAGGCGCAGUAGGUUGGCGAGAGAGAGGUCCCUCUCUGGCUGACGUUUUGUGAGAGUAGGGAGAGAGGGAAAUUGGUGAAAAAGGAGGAAAAACUAUUUGUGAUAUCGUAUUUAAUAAGUUUUAAAUGUAAUCAUCGGUAGCGCAGCGUGGCAGUGGAAGAGGAACAGUGGUUUUGAGGGAAACACGCCCUUGAAGUAAAUAGAACUACGUACACCAAACCCCAAAACUAGGAAGGCAUAUUGAAAAUUACAAAAAUGGAUAACCAGAAGAACCAUGAGAGGCGCACAGGUCUUAGUUCAGUUUAGUUUUUCUCUCUCUCAGCUAGAUUAACGGUAAAUUAUGUGGAAAAUGUGUGUUGCGAAGGCUCAAAAACUAAACACCGACAAAGUGACAAAACUCGCCCGGUCGUUGAAAUAAAGCGAAAGAAGGAUAAAACUUUUAAAAACAAAACAAAACAACCAAUACCCAAGUUUGUUUAUUUCGAUUUUAUUGGCAUUAGAGUGAAAGAAGGUAAAUAGAUGCGGGGAGGGGGGGGGGGGGGAGGAGUGUGUGGUCCGGUGGGCUUUUGGGCCUGCCCUGGGCCCGGAGCCACACGUAUACACAAUUGCAUUUUAAUUAUAGCUUCGUUUUUUUUCACUUUUCGUUCGUCCCCGGUCCGGUGUCGGUUUGUCCUGCAGAGUUCCGAACUUUUGUUUUCCCCCCCCAUUUCGCUUUGCCACUUGCUGCCUGCUCCGGAAGAAGCCAAUACCUUUACAGGGGCAGGUUUUUGCCACCCAUUCGUCAUUGUAGCUUCAGAAGAAAAGGAAAACAGAAAAAAAGGAUAAAAUGCCAUUUGCUAGAAGGCCAUAAUUAACACUAAAUGGCAUACAGACUGGCCCUCGUCCUGCCCUCGGAUGCUCCGGCCGUACCCGGUCCGUGGAAUCAGUGUCAUGUGCGUUUCGGGCCGGCUGUGUGUCAGCCUUCGGGACGGGCGUCAGCAGGCAGAGGGCUCGCUUCCUUAAUUAGUUUGCCAUCUUCUUCCCUGCGUGUGUCCCUGGUUUUGUUUCCCCAUGUGCGCUUCAUUUCUGUUUGCAUUGCUUAGGUGCGUGAGUGACACAGAGAAUCGGUCAACAGGACACCCCCCCCUGUAGUGUACGGUAAGAACGGCCAAGCCCUCAUGGAGGUUAGCAAAGCGUGUAAUUAUUAUUUAAAUUAUUUAUUCACAACCUAUUUAACGAAGGACGAAGAUUUUCUCAGCGUUUAGGAGGCGCGCGAAGGAACGCGGAAUGUAUAGGCAAAAAAAAACAGCCACGAAAGCCGUUCAAGCGAUACCGAAAUAGUGAGUCACAUAAUUGCUGCUUUGAUACUGGAAGACACAAAAAAUAACCCUACAAAAGGACUGAUCGAUACGAGAGAAAGAAAGAGGGUGGAGUAAGAAUAGUAACGCGAUUGUAAAAAGAAAACCACUGCUGUACAUAGAUGGUAGCUUAGUGAACUGUUAAACGCGAUCGAAAAUUAUAAAGAAAAAAAAAAACACGCACAACCAUAGUGGAAUCGGGAAGAGAACAAAAAAAAACCCCAAAACCCUUGUGCGAGUUCCGGCGAAGCGGUUCGAUUUCCCUAUCAGACUGAACUUAGCGUGUAGGCGCGAAAAGGCGAGCCAGAAGGUGAAGGAGAGAACCAGAAAGUGUGAUGAAAUUAUCAGACCUAAACGCAUACUACAGCCGCGAUAUAGCUAGUGGACAGCAAAGAAAUAUUUGGCAAUAAUUUAGAGAGAAAAAGAGAGAAACAUGACAUGGUAAAUGGAUAAAAGUAUGAUGAAAAUAGAAAACAUUAUAAAAAGAAACACAAACAUGUAAAUAGUGGUUCAAUGAGCCAGAAGUUGCAUAAAAGGUGCACAGAACAAAGA